AUGAAGCUGAUCCAAACGGUAAAGCGCCGAAUGGGCAACGAUGACAAGAAGAGCUCUACCACCCGCACCGGUGCCACCGGCAGCGGCGGAAGCAACAGCAGUGGAAGUGGCGGCGAUCUCGCCGCCAAAAGCAAGGCCACACCGACCAAUUCGAAUGGAAGCCGGGCUGCCACCGCAAAGCCUGCGACAGAGUCGUCCAACUUUGCAGCCAUCCCGAAGCUUCGCGAGGCCCCACCCCAGGAGCGCACGGACUUGUUCCGCAAGAAGAUGGAGGUCUGCUCCGUGGUUUUUGAUUUCCACAACGACAACAACCAAAAGGAGAAAGAGGCCAAGCGCCAGACACUCUUGGAGAUUGUGGAGUACGUCAACAAUACCCGCAACUGCUUCAACGAAGCCCUCAUGCAAGAUGUUGUCAGCAUGGUCGGAGCGAACAUCUUCCGAGCCCUGCAGACACGCAACAAGGACCCUCUGGCAUUCUCCGACCCCGAGGAUGAUGAACCCUCUCUGGAACGGGCCUGGCCCCAUUUGCAGAUCGUGUACGAGUUUUUCUUGCGCUUCGUCGUGUCAAACGACGUGGACCCAAAGAUUGCCAAGCGCUUCGUCGAUCAGAAUUUUAUGCUGAAGCUCUUGGAGCUUUUCGACUCUGAGGAUCCGCGCGAGCGAGACUACUUGAAGACGAUCCUGCACCGCAUUUACGGCAAAUUCAUGGCCUUGAGAUCCUUCAUCCGACGUGCCAUUCAGCACGUCUUCUUCAAGGUCAUCUACGAAUCUGAGACCCACAACGGUGUCGGGGAGCUGCUCGAGAUCUUGGGCAGCAUCAUCAACGGCUUUGCCCUUCCGCUGAAAGAAGAGCACAAAGACUUCCUGAUCAAGGCUCUGAUCCCACUUCACAAGGUGAAAUCCUUGGCUUCCUUCUACCAGCAGCUGUCGUACUGCAUGGCACAAUACGUCGAGAAGGACCCGCGGCUGGCCUAUGACAUCAUCACCUCUAUGUUGCGCUAUUGGCCCGUGUCCAUCACCUCUAAGCAGGUGCUGUUCCUCAAUGAGCUUGAGGAAACGCUUGAGCUGACCCAGCCCCCAGAGUUCCACCGCAUGCAGGAUGUCCUCUUCCGUCGCCUUGCCCUGUGCAUCACCUGCCCUCACUUCCAGGUGGCCGAGAGGACCUUGUUCUUCUGGAACACCGAUUACAUUGUGAAGCUCAUCAACGCGAACCGCCAGGAGCUGUUUCCCAUCAUCAUCGGCGCCCUGUACAAGAACUCGAAGCAGCAUUGGAACAGCGCGGUUCACGGCUUGACAUUCAACGUACUCAAGCUGCUAAUGGAGGCCGACCCUCAGCUCUUCGACGAGUGUUCGGCCAAGCAUCGGGCCGAUGAGGAGGAGGAAGGCCGACGUGAGCAGGAGCGAACGCGAAAGUGGCAGGUUCUCCAGGAGAUGCACGAUGCGAAGGUGAAGUGA